CAAUCAGGCCGUUCUCGUAUUGAGCUAGCGCGAGGCUGUGUAGUCUACAUGGGGAUAGAGAAGAUAGGGGAAAGGCGAGACUGUAGGAUUCCAGAAUCCAGACUGACUGAUCGUUAACAAUACAGAUACUGACCCAAUCAUCCACCUGACCAAUUAACCAAUAAACAAGUUACACAACGCCGCUAGGCCCCGCCCAGUGACCAGGAUGGCUAAAGGCACCCCUGGGAAGCCCAAAGGCAAGAUGUCUGCCUACGCCUACUUCGUUCAGACCUGCCGGGAGGAGCACAAGAAGAAGAGUCCCGAGAUACCUGUCAACUUUGCUGAGUUUUCCAAGAAGUGCUCCGGGCGAUGGAAGACUAUGUCUGGCAAAGAGAAGGGGAAGUUUGAGGACAUGGCGAAGCAGGAUAAGGUGCGCUAUGACAAUGAGAUGAUGCACUUUGCCCCUGGCGGCAAGAAGGGAAGGAAGAAGGACCCCAAUGCACCAAAGAGGCCCCCAUCUGGUUUCUUCAUCUUCUGCGCGGACCACCGGCCCAAGAUCAAGGCCCAGCAUCCCAGCCUGGGGAUAGGGGACGUGGCCAAGAAACUAGGCGAGCAGUGGAACAACCUUACUGAUGCUACGAAACAGCCCUACCUGAUCAAGGCCAACAAACUCAAAGACAAGUAUCAGAAGGACGUGGCUGACUAUAAGUCCGGUAAGGGGAAGGUGGGUGCUCCGAGCAUGGUGAUGGCCCCUAAACCCAUGACGAAGAGUAAUAUGGAUGACGAUGAUGAUGAUGAAGACGAGGAAGACGAGGAGGAGGAUGAGGAGGAGGAGGAGGAUGACGAGUAGACCGACCGCAUUCUGUUUUGUGUGUUGUGUUAUUAUGAUGAAGAUGAAGAUGAUGACGACGAUGGUCAUGAUUAUUAAGGGAUGCAGGGUUUUUUUUCAGUUUGAAAUGCGAUUUGUAGGGGUUAGAGGAAGAAACACUGGUGAUAUAUUUAUGUUGCUUAAUUACGUUGCUCCGCCCCUGCCACACUUCCCUCCUCCCCACUCUUUGUUGUUUUGACUUUGUCACUAUGUUGAUUUUGUGUAAACCGCUUAUGCAAUGUUCUCUAUGUAACACUGAGUCCAGUUAAGAAGUUGAGACUGUACGUUACAUCGGCAACUGUGAUUGAACUCAAAGCAGAUCCCUAAUAAUCCCCCCAACUGCUGUGUGUGUGCACACAUGCACGUGUGUGUGUGUGUUACUGUGUCCAUUUCACCAGCACUGUCCAGUGUCUUCCUCAAAACCCUCAUAGCAUUGUCACUAUACUGGGUGUACAUCGAUUCAACGGAGAAGCAUUUAAAACCAGUAGUAGCAUUGCGGCAAAUUCUGUUUUUGGCCGUGUGUCCCAAAUUGCACCCUAAUCCCUAUACAGUGCACUACUUUUGACCUGGGCUCAUAGGGAAUCCCAUAGAGCUCUGGUCAAAAGUAGUGCACUAUAUAGGGAAUAGGGUGUCAUUUGGGAGGCAGACAUCGUUUAUUUUUUAUUUUUAGAAUUGGCAAGGUGGUGUGUUACUGUAUAUGGUUGAUUUAGACUUAGUCCUUGUUUUUCCCGUUUAACAAAAGAAAUGGAGGCCUCCGGAUGUAAGGUGAUAUCAGAUUGCACAUAUCUAGUAGUGGUGUUGUUGGUGUAGCUAGGUGGCUGUGUAUGUAGCUGUGUGUUGGUUGUUGCACCAGGAAGUGUUGUCAUCGUGAAAGUCGAACUCACUGUUCAACAGCCUCCCAUGUAAACAAACAGUCAUGGCUGGUUAGCUAGUGCACGCUGGCUAACAGUAAUUUCACACUACAACUCACUCAUUGUCUGGGGUAAUUCCUAACUUCCAUUUAAGUCAAAUUUUCACUUAGUCAUGCAACAGAGGAGGGUGGAUACCACCCAACCAACGGUAUAUAAUGGAAACUAUUAUCUCCCUUUUGGCUAAGUGCACUUUUACUAUUAACCGUUCGUUCAUUGUUCUCAUGGUUUAAAACACGACAUAUUGAGUGGAAAAGCACGGCUGUUGACUAUUAUAAUAAACCUGUACUUAUCUGUAUCUAAGAGGAAUUUCUUUUCUUUUUUGUAUGUUUUAGAAAAGCUAUUGCUAUUAUUAAAGUAUGACAUUUUUACACGUGGUGUUAUGUAUUAAUGAUUUCCAUCCAAACCAUCUAAACUUGCUCUACACUUGUCUGCCAAAAAAAGUGAACAUCCCUGCCUAUAACACAUGUUUUAUUAUUAUAAAAAGAGUUGUCUGGAUAUUAUAACCAAAAAAAUGAUCAACAAUAAAGAGAACGUGAUUUGCA